UAGCCAUAAGCAUCACUCGAAAAUAUCUCGUGUGUAUGUAUGUGGUGGUGGCUCUGAUUGCCGAGAAACACUGCAAUUGGAGCCGUCGAACGGAGCAAAAGCAUAAACAACGUUCUUUACCCGCAAACAUUACGAGAGCAAAGAGGAUAUGGCGGCAACGCUACCCUCGGAACUCUCCAUUUCCCACAGCACACAUGACGCUCUCCCUCGGUCUCGUGUGCCCAGCAAAUCCGCCCUCAUCUCCGCCAUGAAGGUGAGCUCCCUUCUCGCGUCCUCCCAUGACGGCAGAGCCGUCCAUGCUCGCGUCGUCAAGGCCGGACUGGGGACCGACAGAUUCGUCGCCAGCUCCGUCAUCAGCUUUUACUCUUCCUGCUCCGACUUGGACUCUGCCCGCAAGGCGUUCGACGGAGUUCUUGUUAAGGAUGUUGCGCUUCAGACCGCCUUGCUCAUCGGCUACGCCCAGAAUGGUGAAAUUACCCAAGCGAGGGCCUUGUUCGAUGGGGUGAUGGAGAAGGACGUUGUUGCUUGGAACGCGAUGUUGAGCGCUUAUACUCACUGCGGGCUCCCGCUGGAUGCUCUCCAACUGUUCAGGGAAAUGCAGAUGUCGAAUUGUAGGCCGAACGAGGUCACGCUCAUCGGUGCCCUCUCGGCUUGCUCUCAGAUAGGCUGUCUUGCUUUGGGUGAAUGGAUCCAUGGUUAUCUCAGGAGGCAUCCGGAGGUUAGGCGCACGACGACGCUGAACAAUUCCCUCGUGCAUCUGUAUGCCAAGUGUGGAAAGAUUAAUGCUGCUUUGGAUACGUUUCUUGAGCACGGUUCCAGGGACUUGGAGUCAUGGAACACCAUGUUGACUGGAUUCGCGAUAAACGGAUGCGGAACCAGUGCUCUCUCCCUCUUCUCGCAGAUGAUGAAGCUUGGGGUGAGGCCGGACAGGAUCAGCUUCGUCGGGGUUUUGAUGGCUUGCAGUCACUUUGGCAUGGUUGACGAUGCUCGCAGAUGUUUGGAUUGCAUGACAAGGUUCUACGGGAUCGAGCCAAGCGCCGAGCACUAUGGAUGCCUGGUGGAUGUUCUGUCUCGUGGAGGACAUCUAGAUGAGGCGAGAUCGCUACUGGAGAGCAUGCCGUGUGAAGCUGAUGCAUCUGCGUGGGGUGCUCUUUUAGGUGGAUGCUUUGCCCACGGCAAGUAUGAACUAGGCAUAGAAGCUGCUGUGCAUCUCAUUCAGCUCCAACCAUUGGAAGAAGGUCGAUAUGUAGCGCUGCAGAAUCUUUAUGCUAUGGUUGGUAGAACAGAAGAUGCGUUGAGGGUGCGAAAGGUGAUGUGUGAUAUGGGUAUCAGGCGGUCUUCAGGGACAAGUAUGAUUGAAGUUGAAGGCGUUGUGCAUGAGUUCUUAGCAGGAGAUUUGUGACAUUGACGAUCCAAAGAUGUGUUUGUGAUGGUAAAUGCAUACUGGAAGGCCCCAUGGGAGAAUGUCUAUAAAGAUGAGCUCUGUAGCACCGGCUAGCUUGAGAUCUAAUGUCUACUCUAAUGGAGGGAGAUCUUGGAUACAGGCACCAUGAGACUUAGCUAGAGUGAUGUUUGGCAGAGUCGCGUAGCUAGAGAAAGCUAUUAUAUAGUCUGCUCCGAAAGAGGUAGGUGUUGGAGGCAGGCUAAUGAGAUGGGCCAGUGUGCGUCGCGCAGGCAAUGCCAAGGAGGAGCCGGCGCCGGAGAGGAUAAGGUGCCUCGCGGCGGCGAGGGAGCCAUGGUCGGCGGUUCUACAGUGUUACGAGAUGCGUGCUGAUGGUCAUCUGUUGGCUAAGGCAGGGGAAGCAGUGAGCACGUGGAAGGCUUGCAGGCGGUGACGUGGGAUGAGCUGCAUCCCCAAAUGCACAUAAAAUGCUGUCUUUUGUUUUCAUUUCAUGAAUAUGUUGGUGACUAUAAUCCAUCUUUGUCCCUCGCCUUUACUGAUCUCCUUUUUCUUUUGCACUGUGUCAUUUCUUCUCACUUGAAGAUGAGCACCAAAUCUUCUCGAGCAUGAGUUACUUCCAAA